CUCUCCUUUCAUUCUUCACUUGUCAAUUUCUUUUUAUAUCAAACCAUUCUUUUGUUUUUUCAAAACCCUUAAACCCUUGUUUCUUUUUACAUCUUCUUCAUUAUUACAUUUGUAGCUCAAAUACCGUUAGCAAUAGUUUCUUAAUUAUCUUCUAUUAAGAAAUGUGUGGCGGUGAUAUCACUGCUGAUUUCAUCCUCUGCAACCGUGGCAGCAGUGUCACCGCCUCUGACCUCUGGCCUAACUCACUCUUAUCUCAAACCAAUGGUUUUAAGUCCGAGCUAUGUCAACUUGGCCAUAAUGACUCGCUCUCCCACUUCAAAAGAUCACAACCCGAACCUUCCUUAGGUGAAGAGCAAGUGGAUAAGAAACCAAAGAGGCAGAGGAAAAAUCUUUACAGGGGCAUAAGGCAACGCCCCUGGGGCAAAUGGGCAGCAGAGAUUCGUGACCCCAGGAAAGGUGUUCGUGUUUGGCUCGGCACUUUCAACACUGCUGAAGAAGCAGCCCGAGCUUAUGACAGAGAGGCUCGCAAAAUCCGGGGUAAAAAGGCUAAAGUUAAUUUCCCCAAUGAAGAUGACGCCUUCUCCGUCGAAUAUAACCUGGAUCAUUUUGGCAAUCACCAAAUUAAUAACCAUAACUCAGUGGCUACUUGGAAUCCCAACCCCAAUUCAAACCUAUCAGUUUAUCCACAGCCCUGCAAGAACAAUUUAGAUAACUACGGAUUUGGUUAUGACCUGAACCAGAUUGGCGGAUAUGCUACUGACCCAAUUGUUAUAUCUGGAGAGAAAAAUUCAGUGUCAGGUUCAGAAGAGGCAUACUCUUGUGAUCCAAAUGUCAACAAUGGUCGUUUCUACGGCCCAGUAAAGGUUGAAGAAGAAGAAAAAGAUAAGCGAGACGUGAUACUGAACAGGGCUGUGGUGCAAGUUCAAGAAGAAAACCAAGUACAGAAGUUGUCUGAGGAACUGAUGGCUUAUGAGAAUUACAUGAAGUUUUAUCAGAUUCCAUAUUUGGAUGGGCAAUCAAUGACACAAAUUGUUGCUGUUCCGCAGGAGAGUGUUGUCGGCGAGUUUUGGAGCUUUGAUGAUAGUGGUGUUCCUGUUCCUGUUACUUCAACGGCUAUGUAACGCGUUUCUUCUUAUUCUCUUUUUCCUUGUUUUCUUUUAUUUUAUUGAACUUUUCGAUCUUUAUGUAAAAAAGGGUUGUAAUUGAUGAUUAUUUAUUUAUUUGUCGCUUUUUUUAUGAUGUUUAUUUUGUUAAAUUAUGAUACACUAUUGUUUGCAGUUUAUACCACUACUCAUUAAACUCCUUUACUUUAUUGGUAAAAAAAU